CUAGGUUUCGCCAGUUUCGCCAUGGAUUCAGGGAAGAAGCCACCUGUCCAGGAGGAGGCCGGGAGGAAGAAGAGAAAGAGAUCGGAGGAGGAGGGAUCGGAGGAGGAGCUCUCCCAGGAUCUCGUACUGGAGCUGUUCGCUCGUCUCCCCUCGCGAGACAUCUUCCGCUACGCAAGCGCAUCCAAGAACCUGAUGGCCGCUGCAUCGGGUUCCUCCUUUUGGAUCAAAUCUCGCCAACCACAGGCGAGCGACGUGCACAUGGCCUACUGCAUCGAUCCCAUCAUCAUGGGGGAUCGUCAGAAUUUCACCUUCCGUGACGAGACUCCAUCCUCUAGUUUCUGCCAUGGGCUCAGCGCCAAGUUCGGUUACAGCUACUUUGGAACUGCCAAUGGAUUGAUCGCUCUCCAGGUUUCAAAUCUCGUCACCAAAAGGUUUAGCGGCUGCGUCAUCUUCAACCCUGCUUUAAAGAUUGAUGUGAUGCUAGUCUUUAUGGAAUUCGAUUCCAGGCACAGGUUCUGUGGGUUCGGCUAUUGCAAAUCUGCCAAGAACUUCAAGAUCUUGAUGCUGCAGAACGGGUCUAUAAUGGUCAAGAGCCUCGGCGGUCACCCAAGCACCCAGCCACGGAGCAUCCUUCCCUCCGACAAUAUCGCAGAGCUUGAUCCUUCUAUUUGCCUAGACAACCUGGUCUACAUGUUGGAGGCUGGCGGGCACGACAACCGGAUCCGGCGGUUGAUAGUUUUCAACCUCCAGGAGGAGACGAGCAUCAAGGUGGACCUCCCCCCUGAGGCUCUCCACUCGGGGCUCAUGCAGCUGUCGGGUUCCAUCUGUGUCGCGUCGCGGGCCGACACCAACACCGAUGUUGUACUGUGGCAGCUGAAGCUUGAUCAAGGAUGGGAGAAGAUCUCUGUCGUUGCUGCUCCCUGCCAGGGAAGGGUCUUCGGGGCAUGGAGGUCACAUCCCACCAAGCUGAUGAUAUGGUUCGAGGGACGGGGAGCUGCGCUUUAUCAGAAUGCCAGGAGCAGCGGCGAGGGCGACCCACUGGCAUGGGAGCUGACAUACGAGGACCACAGGAGGGUAAUGGGAGAAGACCUUGGAGCAGUUCUUGGCACCUGGCAGAAGAAAGCCGGGCUAGUUUUCUGCUGGGGAUACGAGCCCACAUUGAUAUCCCCACUGGAGUUCUUCAAGAGCACCCGGGACGACCACCAGGAGCUUGUGUACUUCGUCAUUGGUGGUCGAGCCGUUGCUCCCCGGCUGGAGUUUCUUCGACGCUUAGCAGAGGCGCUAAGUGGAUGAGUCGCCUGUUGUCCUGGGCUGCACUCUGAUUGAGACACAGGAGAU